GUGAGAGAGAGACUGAGACUGUGUGUGAGAGUGAGAGACGCUGAGGAGAUGAGAGAUUCAAUGUGUGAAAGAUACCAUUAGUGAGAGAGAUUGGGGCAGAGAGAGAAAGUCUGACAGAGAGAAAAUGAUCUAUUGAGUGAGAGAGCAAGAGAGAGGCUUUUGAGAGACAGAGAAAAUCUUUUGAGUGUGUGCACACUUAAGAGUGAUAGUCUGAGAUUAUGAGAGCCGGAGAAAGAGAGAGAAACUGAGCCAUCGAGCGAGAGAGUGGCGAGAGACUGAGAAGUAGUGUCUGAGAGAUUGAGGUGUGUGUGCAUGUGAGAGAGUGGCGCAAUCUGAGCUGUUGUCUGAGAGACUGAGAUAGAGGCAGUGAGAGGGAGAGGAUAAAAUAGUAUAUGUAAGAGACACAGACUUGGGACAGUGUGUAUAUAUAUAUAUGCGUGUUGUGUGUCAGAGGGAAAGAGAGAGAGUCUGAGCUUGUAUGUAUUGGAGAGACUGAAUUUGUGUGUAUGUGAGAAAGAGAAAUCAAGCUGUGAAUUGAAGAGAAAGAGAGACACAAACUACACUCAGACUGGGAAGGAGAGAUCAGCGACCACUUGUGAGUGUAAACGCGGUCAGUGAGAGACAUAGUGAAGGGAGUGACCAACUUCUGUAACAUCUGGGAUCGAUAUGACGGAUGGUGAGGCCCUAGAUGGAGAAGUGGAUCAUUCCUUCUUCGACAGUGACAGUGAGCAAAAUGUGGGAGAUGGGCAGAGAACCCCAGGCAGCGCAUGGCCCAUCAUAGAGUCUAAUCCCAUGCAAGGACAAUCGUCAUCACAUACAAGUCCUGAACCAGUGCCGUCUUCAUCUGCAGAUGGGAGCAGCAAAGAGGAUCUGAGGACCAGUGCUGAGAAAAAAUGCAAGCACAAGUUAGGCAAAAGCGUUUCUUUCAACAACAGGGGACCCGAUACAGAAAUGUUAAAGAAAGGAAAAGAGGGUCGGAGAUGGUCAGGAAGUGGUUCUUCAUCCCGAUCAACCUCUUCUUCCUCCUCAACCUGCUCCUCCUCAUCAUCGCCCUCUUCUGUGUCAAGCAAAAGCAGCAGUAGCCUCCCAGGUAAAACUGUUUUACCCCACAUUACAAUACAAGCUGCAAUCCAAUCAGCAUCUUCCGGAAAUUCAGAAAGUGAAGGAGAAAGUACUGAGGAAGAGAAGAAGGUUGAAGAGAGAUCCAAAUCUUCUAAAUUCGAUCACUAUGCCAAGAAGGGUGCGACUCGGAACCAACACCAUCGCUGCAAGUUUGAUUUAGAUCAAAAUGUAGAUCAGAGUUCAGGUUCUGACUCUGACAUUAGCAAAGGCACCGUGUAUCAUUCUUUGCUGGAGGAGAAACCAUCUUCAAGAUUUUCAACAUCCAAGCAGAGACCAAAAUCCGCUUUGAAGUUGAGUAAAGAGAAACAUAUAAAAUACCUUAACAAUGAGGGUGCAGAUCAAGAAGAUGAAGAUGCAAUAACUGACGUGACCCCUCUCUCCACCCCAGAUUUCAGUCCCAUUCAGUCUGUUGACUUCUCUGAGAAUAAAGGAAGCAGAAAGCAGGAGAAUGUCGGCCAGGAAAUAUAUGAUUUGGCCAAAUCAAGCCCUGGCUCAGAAAAGAGCCAAAGACCAGGAAAGUUAAGCAGAUUCCAGAGAGGAGAAGCUGCUUCUUGCCAUUCCGAGAGCAGUACCGUUUCCUCCGCCAGAUCAAAAUCAGCACAACCUGUUUCCUUUACACAAAGACACAGCAAGAAGACUCUCACCGAUGCCACAGAUCUCAACCAGCUCCUCAAAGCUUUUAUGCACUUGGAAAAGGAGGAGCUCCAGAAAAUAGUUACUGACUCUCCAGCGCAUGAGGGCAAGAAAAACUACUCCUUCACCAAUGAAGAGAUCAGAUGUAUUGAUCGUGAAAAUCAUAGAUUGCUACAGGAGCUGACUCGAAAAGCCUCCAAAUCAAAAAGUAACAUUUCAAAGAAAAGUUCAAUUGCACCGAUCCGAGUAUACCACAGCACUCUAAACAGACAUAGGGAGCAAGAGAGGAUAGAGAAAGAAAACUUGGCUUUACUGAAGAGAUUGGAGAUGGUGAAGCCAACUGUUGGGCUGAAGCGCUCUGAACAGCUGAAGGAUUACUACCGGCAUACAGCAUUCAUGGAGUCUUGUUCAUUGUCUUUCUCACAGCGAGGCCAGGUCUCGGGACGUGCGAGCACAUCAAGAGGAAGUUCGAGAACAUCCAGCCGUAAGAACUUUCAAGCAAUGUCUAAUUCACAUGCAGCAGUUUCAGCUAAGUCUCCUAAGUCUGGCUUGGCAAACCAGUCAUAAAUGUUCACAUGUGUUCAACUUGUUCCCAUUGUCCAUGUUCGUUGUUUUCUGCAGCUGUAUAUUCUUGAAUGAAUAAACCAUGUUAAAUUGUAUUUUAUUUUAAAAUCUAUCAUUCCAUUCUUACAACAUUUGAAUCUCAAAUUGAGAUAUUUUGUAGGUGUUGUAAUGUAAUGUUAUAUUAGUUAUUUUUGUGUGGUAAUUGACUGCUGAUUCAUCAAUUCAAAAUUUUGUAUUCAAACAUUUUGAUUUAUAACUUGGUCAAUUCUUUAUAACUGAGCAUAUCUUAAUAACUUAUCUACCAUUAUUUUUAAUAAAGAAAAUAUUCUUUUUAAUCUAAGAACCCCAGGCCUUAACACACCAUUUUUACUCUUAGUUAGAAUAUUUUUAGUCUAUCCAUCUUUUAAUUAGUAAUGUUGAUCUGCUGUUUUAAAUUAUUUUCAAUUUAACUUUUAAGGCUCUGAAAGUUCUUUUUUCCUGUUGAAUGCCAUUUGUUUUUUUUCUUACAUUUUCUAACUGUGAAUCUAAAUGUUGAUUAAAUUGAGAUUUGACCUUG